AUGUCUCACCUAGCUUCAAUCAAUGCCAACAAGAAGUCUUUUGCCUCAACAGGGCAGGAGUAUGACGCUAAGCCAUCGAUUCAAACACUUACAGACUACUUUGCUGCGUCAAUCCUUCGCUUGGAUGUCUCUGCCGAAAGGAAAACUUUUGACGAAACAGAGAAACCGCUCUCCGCGCAGGAAGCAUCUGGUCUUUUAACAAGUAUUCCGCCAGACUUCGAGCGCCACUUGAUCUGGCCCAACUCUAAGGUCAUCGACUUUGCCUGCGGAACUGGUCUCCUUGCUAAGAAGUUGGCUCCCUUCAUGCCUCAAGGCGAAAUAGUAGGUAUAGAUAUCAGCGAGACUAUGCUUUCUGGCUUUGAUGCAAAGGCAGAACAAAUAAAACAAGAGUUCCCAGCUUUGAAAAUCCGCUCCAUUUGUGGUGAUGUGCUCGACCAGAGCUUUGACACCACUGCACUUGAGAAGUAUGCUGAUGUGGUGAUCUGUACUUUGGCCUUCCACCAUAUUCACUCGUAUGAAAAAGUGGCACACAUUCUCAAGACAUUCGUUCGGCCAGGUGGGCACAUCUUGGUGUACGACUUUUACAACGAAGACAGCGAUCGGCCAGUUUCACCAGAAUUGGCUAAGCGGGGCGUGAGUCGCCAUGGGCUUAGUAUUGACGAAAUGAGUCGAUGUUUUGGUGACUGUCGUAAUGUUUCGACAGCACGUGAAGUUAAAAUACAACUCUGGCAAGAGGAACAGUUUAUCUUAUCGCAUUGUCGGCAAGCGGUGAUUGACAACUUGCCGAAUGUGCCCAAGAAGGAUAAUCUCUACUAUGUGGAGGCGAGCGUGAUUUUGGCUGUGGUCCAAGUAUGA